AUUGUUUGUACACCUGUCAUAAUUAUACUGUCAACAAAAAUGCAUUUUUAUUAACAUAUUUUUUAGAAAAAUUAACGUUAGUGUAUGAAUAUUUUGUAGAAUUUUAUAUUUUAUUUAAUCUUAAACAUUAUUGUUUAAUUAUAAAUCACAUUGAUUCUAAAAAUGACUUAUCUUAAUUCAUGGGAAGAAUUUGAAAAAGGAGCUGAGAGGUUAUAUCUUCAAGAUCCUUUAAAAGCUCGUUACACAAUGAAAUAUGAUCAUAAAAAAGGAGUAUUACUUUUAAAACUCACAGACAACAAAACAUGUUUGCAAUAUAAAACAGAAAUCGCUCAAGAUUUGAAGAAAAUGGAGAAAUUUAUAGGAAAUCUCAUGCGACACAUGGCCUCGAAGGAUAAUUAGGAAAUGAUAAAUUAGGAAAACUUAUCAAUUACAAUGAAACAAAUAAUUUCAAUUUUUUUUUGUAUAUGCAUCGAAUGAUGGGAUUAUAGACAUUUAUUUUGUUGAGGUAUAAAAAGUUUCACUUAAAUUCUCAUACAAUAUGUGCAAUUACAAACAACUAUUUUUUUUUUUAUUCAAAAAUUUCUCUUGAAUCUAUUUUGGACGAUUCCUUGGUUUUCGUGUGAGAGUUCUGCAGAAAAAGAAGAAAAAGUAAUGUCAUUUUCAAAUAAUCAAUGAAAAAGAAAAACAAUUAACUUAAUGUAUCUACAAACAAAAACUAUUUUUCUUUUUUAUAUUUUAUAAUAUUGUAUAUUUUAAUAAGAUUUAUUAAAAAUACAAUAAUGCUCAAAUUUAA